GGGGAAGCAGCGGGUCAUCCUCGGCGAAACCAGUUUGGUAUAGAUAGCUUGAUAGAUAGUUGGCCGACAUGGCAGAACGAAAUUCAACGAAUGGCCUUAACCGCGACAUGUCCUCUGACCGCUCUUGACAAACCUGCGUUCAUCUCUCUCCUCUCACGAGACACUUAGGCGAGACUGUGCCCAGAAUUCUAGCGUUCCUGCUCUCUGUUGGCCCAAAUCGAUCGCUCAAGACGUCAGUCGGGAUGUCCCAGCCAACUCUUUCUUGAACUUUCCUGAACUUAUUCCAUCUGAUUCUACUCGAAAGAUUGACCUCCGUAGCCUUGCUUCACACUUUCACGGUUAAAUUCUGCUAGCUUCACUAUUGUUUGACUACUUCAAUGUCUGAGGAAAUUUCCGACGUCACUCUCAAUCUUGCCCUACCGAAGACAGAUGCAACUCUAACCGUCAGGAUUAUCAAGUCUUUCGAAUUCAGAACGGAGAAGAGUCUAGUUCUGCAUCACGUCAACCUCGAAUCCACAACGGUUGGUCAAUUAAAGGACCUUGUACGACAAGCUAUUCACACGCAGACGGGAUGGAAACCGUACCGCAAUGUCCAGCUCGAUACGUUGAAACUCUACACCAAAGCACAUGGUGCAAAGACGUCGAAUCUCAUCAUCAACCUUGACCAUGAUGAAUGGAUAUUGAACGACGACUCCAAAGUAUUGGCAGAUCUCGGAUUCGAGAACGAAACGGAAGUCAGCUUCUUUAAUCGCGAACUGUACGAGCAAUUUAAGGCACAUCCUGAUGUACAUUUCUUCCGUAUCUCCAACAUAACCGGUCUGAUUGUUUCUUUCAGGUUAAAUGGGAAGGUUGAUAGGGCUCUUCACUGCGACUCUCAGUGUAAUUCUGAGUGUUUCAUGGACGACUGACUGCCAAUGUACUUCACUCUGUAAUAUCACCCAAGCAUUAUGGUACAAGCCAAUUGCAAUUUGUGAUGACUUCUAUUGGA